GGACUCUUAAUGGUGGAAGAAUGACUGGUGCUGUUAAUGGUAGAAGAAUGACUGGUGCUUUUAAUGGUGGAAGAAUGACCGGUUCUGUUCGCAGAGGUCCUCUUAUGGUUAACGCUCGGGCAUCAUCUUAUGCUAUUGCAAAGGCAAGCUCAAAAAACGUGGAUGCUUGUACUUAUGCUUGAGAUUCUGAAAUGCUAUAAAAUAUCCAAUUAUGAGAGAUUCAGCAUUGUUUAAACUCAAAAGCAAGAUGAACUCCUACUUUAGUAUUUGUUCCAUGGAGAAGCUCAUGAUCGAUCAUUUUGCAAUCUUGAUGCCUUUGUCAUAGUUCCAUAAUGUCACAAUUAAUAUGCACCUAAGAGUUAUAUGCUUUUGUUUUUGGGGGCUGUGCUACAGAUAUCUGAUGUGUGCAGGAGUUGUUUCAUGAUUCCUAGCAUAUUAUGUGAAGGAGCUUCAUUAGGUGAAUUUCAAAAUGGAGCUCUUACCAGUAGCACAAAAAUCAUAUAAUUAUAAGUGGGGUUGAAUUCUCUAAACCAUACUAAUCCAUUUCAUUUAGAUGAGAUGAGUUUUAAUGUUUGACCGGUUUGUGUGCGCCGGCGAUUUAGUGGAUCCUCUUGCUUAAUUGGGUUCUACGGUGCAAGAAUUCAGCUUACUUCCCUAUUUCAUGGUAUUUUGCAAAGAGGCUUUUCGCUUAUCAUCAGAACUGGAGCUCUCACUUGUAGCAUAGCACCAUGCAGUGGUCUAUUCGCAGAACCAGGCCUUUUCCAUGGCAGCAUGAUUUGUUUGAAGAUAGCUUAAGAGCUGCAGGGAUUCAAGGAAUAGAAGUCGGCACUAAGUUGUAUGUUUCCAACCUGGACCAUGGAGUAACCAAUGAAGACAUAAGGGAACUUUUCUCUGAGCUUGGAGAUUUGAAGCGUUAUGCUGUUCAUUAUGACAAAAAUGGACAUCCAAGUGGUUCUGCUGAAGUUGUCUAUACUAGAAGAAGUGAUGCAUUUGCUGCUCUGAAACGAUAUAAUAAUGUACUGUUGGAUGGAAAGCCCAUGAAGAUUGAGAUUGUUGGUAGUAAUGGCGAAUUGCCCAUAACUGCUCGUGUGAAUGUCACUGGGGUGAAUGGGCGGAGGAAGAGGACAGUUGUAAUGACGUCUAGAGGAGGACGAGGUGGAGGUCCUGCUGUGCCUAAUCGUGGUGCUGGAUGGGGACGGCGAGGUGGCACAAGGAAUGCGAGUGGCAUAAGGAAUGGGGAUGGGACUGGGACUGGACGUGGUCGUGGAGGACGUGGUCGUGGUAGGGGGGGUGGAGGACGUGGGCGUGGCAGAAACGAUGCUGUUGAGAAGUCAGCUGCAGAUCUUGACAAGGAACUGGAGACCUACCAUGCUGAGGCCAUGCAGAUCUCAUGAACUCGGAAGCAGCAAGUUUAUUUUGUAGUAUGAGUCAAGAUUGUACAAAAGCUGCAGUUUCUUUGGCUUUGCUUUGAAUCUUUUACUGCGCUGUGCUUUUAAAUUCGCCAUCCUAUUUUACCGCAUUAAAAUCUUGCUAGGGGCUGAAUGAUUGACUGGGUGGUUUUUUAAAUUCUCAGAUUUUAUAGAG